AUUUGAAACUUAAUUUUCGAUGUUGGCGUUUCUCAAUUGCAGUUAUUUUAGUGGGCACUUUCCGCCUAUUCAUGCGCAGACGAAGACAGCGUAUGUUCUGUCCGAGCGCUCGGAAAUCUGUGUGCGCUGAGCAGCCACGUGAGCCAGCCAAGGUCACGGAGGACGUCAUCAGCCGCGCAUGGCAACGCAGCAGUAUAAGACGCGCUGUCGGGCCUCACACCUCGCGUGAGCCGCAUGAGGUAACCGUCCCUGUCUUGGGCCUUGGCAACACCGCGAUGGCCCGUCUCUGCUGGACGCUGCUCCUCGCGGUGACCUCCUACCUCGUCUUCGAGGGACAACAUGCGGAGGGCGCCCGCAUCCUCGCGGUCUUCCCCAUUCCGUCCAUCAGCCACCAGGUGGUGUUCCGCGCGCUGUCUCUGGAGCUGAGCAGGAGAGGUCACCAGCUGGUCGUGGUGACCCCUGACCCCGUCAGGGACCCGCAGCUCGCCAACUACACCGAGGUCGACGUCUCCUGCAUGUACAAGCCGUUCCGAGAAACCAACAACUUCAGCUCCGGCAUGCAUGAAGAGCCGUCGGCGUUCGAAGUUUUCUCGAAUGCCUUGCUCUCCGGCGACGACAUGUGCGAGACGAUAAUGAGCCACGAGAAGGUUCGACAGAUGAUCGACCCCGAGAACACGAAGGAACACUUCGACCUGGUCAUCUUAGAGUGGGUGCUAACACCGUGCACGGCUGCCUUCGCUCACAGGUUCUCUGCUCCGAUGAUCGGCAUAACGUCUCUUCCACCGAUGGCAUUGAAUUAUGACUCCGUUGGGAACCCUACCAACCCUUCCUACAUUCCAGAAAUAGCCUUUCCGUACACCGACAAGAGCAGAACAUUCUGGCAGCGUUUAGAGACAGUGAUUUUCCAGAUCAGAUUAGGUCAUUUAUUCUACAAUAAAAUUUUGCCAAGCCAAGACGCAAUAGCAAAAAAGUAUUUUGGACAGUCCACACCGUACAUAGGAGAUCUCUACACGCAAGUCAGUAUGCUAUUCGUGACAUACGUGCAAGGUUUCCACCCUCCAAGACCGAAUGUUCCGGCAGUUGUGAACAUCAAUGGCUUUAACAUCAGACCGCCCAAACCUCUCCCCAAGGACAUCCAGGAGUUCCUGGACGGGGCUCCCAAGGGCGUGAUAUACUUCAGCCUCGGCAGCAACGUCAGGAGCGACCAGCUGACCGCCGACAAGCGCCAGGUGUUCCUGGAAGUGUUCGCCGAGCUGCCCGACUACCGCGUGCUGUGGAAGUGGGAGCAGGACAACCUGCCCGGCCAGCCUCGCAACGUGAAGAUCGCCAAGUGGCUGCCGCAGCAGGACAUUCUGCGACAUCCUAAAGUCAAGAUUUUCAUCACCCAAGGAGGUCUGCAAAGCACCGAAGAAGCCAUACACGCGAAGGUCCCGAUGAUAAGCAUACCUGUGUUUGGUGACCAAUACUACAACACGAAGCUGGGUGAAGAUGCAGGGGUGGCAUUACACCUUAAAUUGAACGAGCUGACGAAAAUGAUAUUACUUGAAGCGCUGAAAAAAUGUUUAGAGAAUAAAAGCUACCAAGACAACAUGGACCGCAUGCACGCCAUAGUGAACGACCAACAGACGACGCCCAUGGAGCGCGCUGUCUGGUGGACGGAGUACGUACUGCGACACAAAGGAGCGCAGCACUUGCGCACGGCGGCAGUGGACAUGCCGUGGUACAGCUACCUGCUUCUAGAUGUCGCGCUGUUCUUCCUGGCGACUGCGGCGCUCUUCGUCGUGCUACUGUCCAUGUCUGUCAAGUUUAUAUUCAGCAGACUGAAGACUCAUUUUCACCAGAAACAGAAAACGAACUAAUGCUGGCAUUCGCAGAAUAUUUAUGGAAUUAAAUAUUUUUUAAUAUAAUUAAA